AUGUUCCCAUCUGGUCUCAUACACUCUUUUCAUAACCUCCAUAAGCUUGAAUUGUCAACAAAUGAAGAACUGGAGGCGGUUUUUGAGAUAGAGAGUACUACGAGUAGAGAAUUGAUAACAACUCACCAUAAUCAACAUCAACUACUUCCCUGCCUUGAGGAUUUGGAAAUAAGUUACAUGAAGACGAUGAAUCAUGUAUGGAAGUGCAACUGGAAUAAAUUCUUAAAUCUUCAAAAACAACAAUCAGAAUCUGCAUUCUUGAUGCUCACAACAAUACAUAUUAAAAGUUGCGAAAGCAUUAAGUACUUGUUUUCACCUCUUAUGGCAAAACUUCUUUCCAACCUAAAGGGAGUCCGGAUAGACUAUUGUGAUGGUAUUGAAGAAGUUGUUUCAAACAAAGAUGAUGAAGAUGAAAAAAAUAUUGCAUUCACAUCUACAUCUACCCACACAAGCAUGGCGUUGUUUCCUCGUCUUGAUUAUCUCUUUCUUAUACUCCUUCCAAAUCUCAGAUGUAUUGGUGGUGGUUGGGUCAAAGGUGGGAACAAUGAAAUAUCUUCCAAUUAUUCCAAUACAACUAAUGCUUCUAUUGAUCAAUUUCAGUUUUCUCAAGUAGGCGGUGUUUCAUGGACCUUAUGCCAAUACUCUAGAGAGAUAACUAUAGUCUCUUGUAAUGCAUUGUCAAGUGUGAUUCCAUGUUACGCGGUAGGACAAAUGCAAAAGCUUCAAGUGUUGAAUAUAAUCGAUUGCGAUGGGAUGAAGGAGGUAUUUGAAACUCAAGGAAUGAACAACAAUACUAACAGCAACGGUGGGUAUGAAGAUGGAAAUGAUGGUACUCUAGCAAUACCAAGAGUUAAUAAUGUUAUUAUGCUCCCCAAUCUAAAGAUAUUGGAGAUCAUGAAUUGUAACCUUCUAGAACAUAUAUUCAAAUUCUCUACACUUGAAAGCCUAAAGCAUCUCGAAGAAUUAACGAUAAGGUUUUGCUACAAAAUGAAAGUGAUAGUGCAAGAUGACGAUGGAGAGAAAACAACAUCAUCUUUUAAGGUUGUGGUUUUUCCCCAUCUAAAGUCAAUUACACUUGAAGAUCUACCAGAACUCAUGGGUUUCUUCUUGGGGAUCGAUGAGUUCCAGUGGCCUUCAUUGGAUAAGGUUAUGAUAAAGUAUUGCCCAAAAAUGAUGGUGUUCGCACCCGGAGGGUCCACAGCUCCCCAACUCAAGUAUAUACACACACAAUUAGGAAAACAUAGUCUUGAAUGUGGCCUUAACUUUCAUGUCAAAACCAUCGCCCAUCAUCAGACCCCAUUAUUCCCAGGUUUAGAUAGUAUAGGCUCAUUCCUUGCUACUUCAGAAGGGAUACCUUGGUCUUUUCAUAAUUUGAUCGAAGCAUAUAUGGCAUAUAACCAAGAUGUUGAAAAGAUUUUUACCUCCAAUGAGUUUCUACAAUUGAAAAAGUUAGAAAACAUUCAUGUAAGCUGGUGUUUUUUGGUAGAGGUAUUUGAAGCAUUUGAAGCACAAACAAAUAGUAGUGGUGUUGAUGAAUCACAAACUACUAUUGUCAAACUUCCAAACCUGAUACAAGUGGAGCUGACAGAGCUAACUUACUUGAGGUAUAUAUGGAAGAGUAAUCGAUGGACAAUUUUUGAGUUUCCAAAUUUAACAAGAGUCUCAAUUGAAGGAUGUAAUAUGUUAGAGCAUGUCUUUACUAGUUCCAUGGUUAGUAGUCUAUUGCAACUCCAAGAUCUUUAUAUAAGUCGGUGCGACUAUAUAGAGGAGGUAAUUGUUAAGGAUGAGAAUGUUGUAGUGCAAGCACAAGAAGAGGAAGAAUCUUAUGGAAAAGUGAAUGAUAUUGUGUUACAUCAUCUAAAGUCUUUAGAACUUGAUUCACUUCGAGGUCUUAAGGGUUUUUGGUUAGGGAAGGAGAAUUUUUCAUUUCCAUUAUUAGAUACUUUGAUAAUAAAACAUUGCCAAGCAAUAACAACUUUCACCAUGGGAAAUUUGGCUACUCCACAACUAAAAGAGAUAGAAAUAGAUUUUGACUCGUAUUAUGUUGUUGGGGAAGAUAUCAACUCCAUUAUAAAAAGUAAACUAGAGGAAUUCCAAAGAGAUAGAUCGUCAUGGAUGUAAAAUAUAUGUCACAAGGUAAAUUCUAUUUUGGCACCCUCCUCUUUGUCCAUGACAUUUGUUUAUAUACAUUAAUUUCCUAUAAUUAAUAUAUUUCAGAUUUAUUCUUCAUAGAAUUCUAUAAUUGCAUUACAACUUUAGAUACUGUUUGCUUCAACAAGCAACAUCAAAAAUUAAGUUAAGGAGAUCGCUUUGGAUUCUUUUUCUUGUUUUUUAAUGAAAAAUAUGUAUAUGGCACUUGUCCCAUGUAAAGACGAAACCUUUCCUUGCCUUAUAAGGAUACACCCAGUU